CUUCGGGGAACUUUGGGUAACUGCAUUUGCAUAGAACAGUAUAUAAACUAUGGGGUUUACGGUGAAAACAUCAGACUUCAGUUGGAAAUCAUAGAAACCCGCAAACAUGAGGUUCAUCGCAGUUGGCGCGUUUCUCGUCGUAGUAUGUGCCCUCGGCCAAGCUGCGACCAUUGAGUCCCAGACAUUGGCACCACCCGAGAGCCCUGAUAUCUUCGCCAACACCAAGAAACUAAUCGAAGAUCUAGCAGCGAACCUCUGCAAAUCUGCACAGCAAGCUGCAGACGCUAUGAAAGGCUUCGCAUCCGGCUUGAAGGACCAAGUUAAAAUUAUGAAGGAAAAGCUGCAAGCUGAAAUCCAGAAGCUGAAGGAUAGAGUAUCGCAAGCUAUCUCGAAUGUUGCGGAUAGGAUCUCUAACGCCGGUGGGGCGAUCAAAGAGUGUGUCGAGUCUCAUAAGAAGCAAGCCGAUCAACUCCUCAACGACGCCGUAUACAGAACCAUGACCUGCGCCGAUGAAAAAGUCCAAGAAAUCAGCGAUCUGAUUGCAAGACAGGUCGAAAUAUCCCAGGGAGGCCUCGACUUCGCCAACAGGGCUACGGAGGGAAUGAAGAAUUGCACAGACAACGACAACAACAUAUUUAUUAAAGGAGCGUGCCUUGCUAUGCUUGCCUUGAAGACUGAAAUGAAGGGAGCCGUUUUCAUGACGCAAAGCGGAAUCAACGUGGCACGAGUCGACAUAGCCAUAGCCAAGUUACCCGUCGCCCUAGAACUGUGCGCCGGCCAACGCCUCCUUGAAGCCGGCAUGGGCACAGCCAAGGUCAUCAUGGACCUGCAGAAGUGCAAGGUCACCAACACAUUCUCCGCGCUCACAGAGUCCACCCCCAACGUUCCUGAUGCUCCUAAUGGAAAUGUUGACAUUUCUUUUGGAAACGAUCCUGUCAAUACUAUCGAUACUCCUAUCGAAAUCGAUAACAAGAUUAAUUAACGAUGUAAUGGAUGUAAAAUGUAAAUUCGAUAUCAUUAGUAUGUUUUUUCGUGAAAUAAAUGUUUUCUUUCCAAAAUUGCUGGUGUGAAUAUGUUUACCUAAAUAAUGACUAAUUUCAGAAUAUAUACAACUCGUGAAAAUUGCAUCAAUAAUAAUCUUCAUAAAUUAGUGAACUUUACUGGAUAAAAUCAUAAUAGAUUACGAUACAAGUGCGAAAAAUAGGAAAAUCGCAACGUUAGUUUGUAUAGAAUGAUACGGAAAUAGGCCCCCGACUCUAGUUUGUCUCUGAAUUUAAAAAAAAAACUACAUGCGUGAAAGAAGUUUUCAUUUACCGCCAUUUCACGUACAGUUUAUCUUUUAAUUAGUUUUAAGUAUAAAAUUAAUAUGUUUUGUUGUUUUUAAGGUAACUAUAGCAAAAAUUUCGUGUAAAAUAAGCGAAAAAAAUAUUUCGGUGACGCCACCACAUAUCCACGAGUUCCGCCAAGAGAGCAACGAUUUGGCAAGGGCAUCGUAACUGAGGCUGUAAUUUGGGUUAGUGAAUAUUUCAUAGAAAUUUUAUAAUAUGUGUGUAGAUAAAAUAGUGUAUGUAACUGUACAUAAUUAGGCAUUAAAACACUCGUGUGGUCUUUUUAAGAUACUCACUUCGUUCGUUUCUUAAACCCACACUCGUGUAUUUUAACGCCUUUUAUUAUGUAGCAGUCACAUAAACUACUAUUACAAGGAGGCAAAGUCGUUGUUUAACCUCUCGUGCUAAUAUUGAGGGGGCAUAAAGCCAGGAAAUUAGAAAUGGCGUGCCGCGAGAAACUUGCGACCGAAGAAAUUACCAUAGCGCGGGUUUUUAAUUUUUACCUUUUUGUCUCAAUUACUCUGAAAAUAUAUUUCUGUAUAAAAUUUUGCUCAGGGCCCUCGGCUAUAUCACUAGCUAUUUUAUACUAAAAUUAUACUGGUAUGUGAUGCAGGGUAACGAUAUACGUAAGUAUAAGUAUUAAAACUGAAAAAAUUAAAAUUAUGGGCAUGUUUUCAUUAGAAAAUUAGACAUCAACAGACAGGAAUCCGCGGGACAAAAUUGUUUGACAAGUAGGGAGUUCCUGUAUCGAUAAACUCAACUAUCGAUGCUAGUUCUAUAUACUAGUGAUCACUCAAGGGUUUGCUUGUAAAAAUAUGUUUUUAUUAAGAGUAAAGAAAAAUAAUUAAAUAAUAACUCAAUGUACUCUUCUUCGUUUUUAAGACAAGACAAGACAAAGGGAAGGAUUUAUUCCCAUUUAUCUGAAAGUGAGUUACGACGGAGUCGAUGUGAACAUUAAACUUUAGGUCAUACUUACCUAUUUAUGAAAAUUCCCAGGCUCCCAUUACUACUUCAAGACACGCUUUAUAAAAGAAGUUGACAGUUUUAAAAAUAUUUCAAAGGGUUUACAAUUACCAAUUUAUACCCUCGUGUUGUAGUAAUUAUUAUGGAAAAAGAAGUAGGAAGUAUUUGGUCCCCAAAUUGUAUAAUGAAAUACCGGGGAGUGUAAAUCACUUAGGAUGUUUAAGUUUAAAAUGAAAAAAGGUUUUUCUUUUCCCCAUUAUUUAUUAUGUCGUUGUUUGACAUUUUAAUUUUAAUAUUAUAUUUUUAGUUUAGAAUUUGUUAAUAACAUAUUAAAUAAUAAUGGAAGUGUAAAUAAUUUGCACGCCUGCAUGCAGGUUGAAUAUGCAUGUUCAACUUAGCCAUUCGAGAGGUGAAUUUUUAUUUUAGUUUAGGUUUUGGGUUUUUUUUCUAUUUAUUAUUAAUUUCGAUGGUUAUAAUUUAGUUUAGUUUAUAAGUUUUAUAGAAAAAUAUUUUAAAAGUAAAACUUAGCCAUAAGAUCUUGCCUUGUUACCAUAUUCAAGUAAAGAAAGAUAUUUUGAUUAUUUUUUUAAAUGUUUCUCUUAAGCAAAAUCAAAUUGAACUUACCACCUACCACCUUAAGCAAUAGGAUGUAUUUAACAAGUAACUAGCCAUUUAGCUAAAUCUACCCAUCUAUGUUUUAUGGGAGUCCCUCUACCAAAGGAGUCAACCUCGCACUGAAAAACUUACUUACUUUGAUAGAAAGUGACGGAUACGAUGACUGAAGCUUAAAGAGUGACCAUCUUGGACUCUCUGGGCUGAAUAACCUCCAACAAACACGAUAAGAUCGAUAAGCGAUAAGACACUUCAAAUUCUUGGCUAGGUCCUAUAUUCAAGUGACAAGCAAACAAAUGAAAGCUACUGAUAAAUCUUACAAUAAGGGUAUUUAAAUAAAAGAUAUCGAUCGAAUUGUUAGCGAUAGCCACUUAAAAGGCAAUGUGGAUACUAUAAAUAACUACAAGCAUUAACUCUUAUUUACUUCUGCAUUGGACAGCAAAGAUGAAAGUACUAAUUUUGGUCGUCAUAUAUUGUAUUUUAAGGACAACGAAUGCAGAAGCGAAAGAAAUCGUUCCUUUAAAAAGCUACCUGGCACAACUGUCUCAAAAUCAAAUCAAUGCAAUUUAUACGAUACAGUCAAAAGAACUCGCCAAUAUCGAUGUAAACAGGUUACUGAGUAUUAGUGACUUAUGGGAUAAAAUUAAAAACAGUAUUACUAACGCAUGGAACGCUGUAAAAGACAUAGCUAAUAAGACUAGAGAGAAAAUCAUCGUAUGCCUUCAAAAUAUAAAGAAACGAGCGGAAGAAGCGGUCAAAGAUUUUGAGGCCAAGUUAGAAGUCCUAAAAGAUAAAUUUAACAAGUUUAUACAGGCAUUGAAGAAAAAAGCAGGAGAUGUUAAACAAUGUAUCCAAGAUGACAAGGACGUGAUCCAAGAUUUACUAAAGCAAAUAGCACAACGUGUGAAAUCGUGUAUUGCUGACAGUGUUAAUAAUGCAUCAGUUUUAAAUAGCAAUCAGUCAAAACUGAUGCUUGAUGACACUGAAUUUAUUAAAGAGGCUGAAGAUAAAGUGAAUAAAUGCGUACAAGAAGUUGACGAUGCUGAUGAAUGCCUGAAUAAAGCUAGAGGAGAGAUUUAUGAUGACAUGGAACAAAAAGAGGCUGACAUUAUGAAUACUUUGUUUCAUUUUCAGAGAUCAAUUAGCAGGGACGUAAUAGAGGACGCUUUGGAGACCAUCGUGAAUUGUGCAGCAGAUGGGAUCAUUGAAGCCUCGGAGGCAAUUACAGACGAAGUAAUAAACAUCAUCAACUGCGUUAAAAGUGAAAAGGAAAAACCUUUUGUUUAAACCAGUUAUAAAAUUGUUGAAUUGUCAAAAGUUCACUUAAAAGUUGUAGAAAAAUAUCAGAAAAUGUGUAUUAUUUAACAUUAAAUGUUAUUGGGAUUGCA